ACAAAUAAAGUGAUUGUUGCCUUUGCUAAUUGUAUUCUAUUAAUAUAUUUAUCAUUUUUGGUCUCCACGGAGUCCUCGUCGUUUUUUUGGGGAGUGGAUCAAUUUGCCGAUCACGAUGCUCUCCCUCUCCGCCAUUCCCAUCUUAUUUCUUCUUCAAUUCACCAUCUUUAUUUCAUCAACUCCCUUCAAUCAUGCUUCAGGUGCCAUAAUUUUCCACACCAAGGACGGUCAAGAGCAGAGAGAAUUCGAUUACUUCAAAUUGGCCCUACAAUGGCCUGGUACUGUCUGCAAGGGCACUCGCCAUUGUUGUUCCUCCAACGGAUGUUGUAAUCGAUCUGGUGCUUUUGGUGACUUUACAAUUCAUGGGUUAUGGCCUGAUUACAAUGAUGGAACAUGGCCUGCAUGUUGCAAUGGAAAAAUUUUUGAUGAGAAGGAGAUUCUUACCUUACUUGAUCCCCUGAAGAAAUAUUGGCCAUCUCUUAGUUGUAGUUCACCUUCAACUUGCCAUGGUUCGAAGGGAUCAUUUUGGGCUCAUGAGUGGGAGAAGCAUGGAACUUGUUCUUAUCCAGUAGCUCAUGAUGAAUACAACUACUUUUUAACUACUCUCAACGUCUAUUUCAAAUAUAAUGUCACAAAAGUUCUGAAUGAUGCUGGAUAUUUACCUUCAAAUACUGAGAAAUAUCCACUGGGAGGAAUCAUUUCAGCAAUUCAGAAUGCUUUUCAUGCCACCCCUUCAUUCGGAUGUAAAAAGGGUGCAGUGGAGGAACUUUAUUUAUGUUUCUACAAGGACUUCAAGCCUCGUGAUUGUGCUGAGAGUCACUCACAGAAUGGGAUCAUCUCUUCUAGAUCUUCAUGUCCCAAAUAUGUGAGCUUGCCAGCAUAUGAGCCCAAAGCCAGGAUUUUCGAGUUCGCUGAUUCAAGUAGGCAAUAUCUAAGUGCUUAAUUAAUCUCUUUUGAACAUAACACAUACUUUGUUAAUGUUAUGUUAUUUGUCUGUUGGGAUAUGUAUAAAUCUGUGAUGUAUUAUAUUUCUAAUACUUUACCUUUUGGAAGGCCCUAAAAUUGUACAAACCAUGCAAAAUUUAGACUCAAAACAUUUUAUUCGAUUAACCACUUGAACCAUGCAGUUUAUUACAAUUGCAUUUUGUAUGAUCAA